GUCACCGACUCCUCUGUGUCGGUAACGACACCACACCUUUCUGUUUCUAUAAGAUCAAAACCCCCAACCUAAAAAACACAGCAAUCUGUUCCGAUCCGAAUUAAUCUAAACUUUCUCGCUCUGUCUGAAAAACCAUUUUCUUUAAUAUCAUAACCUGCAGGUUGAGACGAGCAUGGCGCCGCGUCUCUUCUCUUGUUUUGGGGGCAAAGGAUCCUCCUCCGCGGCAAACCGCAGCAUAUCUCACGAGAAUGCGACGGCGGACGUGACGGCGGAGGAGCAGAGGAGGGGUGGGGCGGUGGUUGUGGAGCUGUUUUCAUCACAGGGAUGCGCCACCUCCCCUGAGGCGGAGCUGCUGUUCUCCAGGAUUGGGAGGGGCGACUUCGAGCUGGAGCUGGAAGUGCCGGUGAUAUUGUUGGCCUACCAUGUUGACUACUGGGAUUAUAUGGGGUGGAAGGAUCCCUUCGGCUCCAGCAAAUGGACCGUCAGGCAAAAGGCCUACGUUGAGGCCCUGCGACUCGACACCAUGUUCACUCCCCAGAUCGUGGUUCAGGGCAAGAUCCAAUGCGUUGCCAAUGAGCUCGAUGCCGUUUUCACCUCCAUUAAAUCUGCACCCAGAUUCCCAGCUCCUACCUUCCAGGCAACAUUCGAAAGACCAACUUCAGAUUCCUUGCAAGUGUCCCUGACAGGAGCUUUAAGGAGCAAGGUGGACGGCAAUGGCGCAAACGUCAUGGUUGUUCUAUUCGAGAGCGGUUUGGUGACCAACUGCCUCAAGGGGGAAAACAGAGAUAAGGUUAUAGCCAAUGACUACGUAGUAAGGAGGCUUGAGAAGCUCUGCAACGUUAAAGAUAUCUCCGCAAAGAAGACGAUCUCAGGAACCCUCAAUUUCCCACUUUGGGAAGGCUUCAACAGCACCAAAUGUGGCCUCGCCGUCUUUGUCCAAAACGGAUCUCACCAAAUCUUUGGCUCCCAACACUUCCAGUUGCCGGAUAAUCUAUGAAUUUCAGUUAAUUGAUUCCCAGCUUUUUAGUUCUUAGAUAGGAUGCUUAUAUAUAUUGUUCUCUCUGGUAAAAAUCUGAGGAUAUGAUGUUGUAGUUUAUUGAAUUGGUUUGAUGAUAUGAGCAAAACACAAAAAUGUAUACGGACCAAGAAUGUCUACAUUAUGGUACGGAAUAUAUUGCAUAUUAGAUUUUAUACACAAAUAGAAGGAUGUUUUAAUUUC